AAACCGCAGAAGAGGCGGUUACGCAGGACUCUGCAGCUUUUGGAAUCCCAGGAAGCAGGCGGGACCGGAGCCCAGGCUUGCUGAGAUAGAAGUCACAGCAGGGUUAUGCCCUUCAGGGCAAGAGGAAGAUGAAUAAGAUAAACCUGUUGCCAGAUCCGAAGGAGGUGGCAGCCAUCGAGGCUAGAAAAAAUCGAGAAAAACAGCGACAGAGCCGAUUCUUCAAUGUGCGGACCCGAGUCAUGGGGGUGGAUGUCAAAGCCCUCGACAGCCAGGUGGAAGAGCGAAAGCUUCGAGAGGCAACAGAGCAGAGCAAGGAGGCAGCUUAUGCUACCUACCAGAAGCAGUAUGAUCUAGUAGCCCAGAUGCUAGAGAAGGAAGAGGCAGAACGGACACGCCGGCUGGCCAAGAAAGUCCAGGAAUUACGAGAGCAAAACCAGCAGGUCAAAAACAAGCAGGAAGUUGACUUUUGGGAUCCUAGCCGACAGUGGAUGGAGUAUCCAGCCUAUCUCAGGGACAACGAAUCCUGCUAUGGCCCAUCCAGCCUGCAGUACUUUGCGCGGGAGGACCUGGAGAAGGCCACAUGCCUGAAAAUGCAGCAGGAGCAGUUCAGGCAAAGCCUGGAAAAGCAGCUGAAGGAGCGACAACAAGCCAGGGUUGAUAAGACGUAUUCAGAUCUGCUCGAUGACCAGCUGCGCCUAGCCAUGGACACACGGGCCGCCCAGCUGGCCAAGCUGGAGGAGUCCUGUCGCGUGGCCAUGAUGACUGCCAUGGCCAACGCCAACAAAGCCCAGGCAGCUGAGCUGGCUCGGCGGCAGCGGCAUGAGCAACGCCAUGAACAGGAGGCCAACCUCAAGGAGAUCCAGAAACAGGUCACCAGUAACCUACUAACUGAGAACCCCCAGGCUUCUCAAAACUCCGUGGCUCCCCACCGGGUCCUACCCCAUUGUUGGAAGGGUAUGACUCCGGAGCAGCGUGCUGCCAUCAAGAAAGCCCAGGAGGUGCAACACCAUGAAAAGGAGGCACAGCGCAGGGCUGAACGAGCACUGAAUGCCAAGAGGGAAAGACAGACCUUGAGCUUGGCCCAGGCAGCAAUGAAGCUAGAAGAGCAAGAGAGGGAACUUUGUGCUGAAUUUCAAAGGGGACUGGGCUCCUUCAAUCAGCAGCUGGCUACAGAGCAAAAAGCUCAGCAGAAUUAUCUGAAUUCCAUAAUCUACACCAAUCAACCUACAGCCCAGUAUCACCUACAGUUCAACACCAGUAGCCGCUGAGCUCAGGAUGGUCAU